AUGUCGUCUGCCGCCCUGCCAUCCUCUCCAGCAGAGGAAGAAGCCCUGGCUCUGGUGGCCUUCAGUCUGCAAUCAGGACGCCCAAAGUUAAGUGCUCAUCUCCAGAUGGAAGUAGAGAGACUUAUAGUCCAAGACUAUGCCCUGGAUCAUCAGAAAACAGUUCCCUCCGAUUCCACAGAUGACUCCUAUGUCGGCUAUCGGAAUCGCCCCAAACUUGCCAAAGUCCAGCUGCCAGAGUACAUCCUAGACUUUGGAUUCAUUGUCCUUGGUGAGGUCCGGACCCACAUCAUCAAGAUCACCAACAACAGUCACUUUCCAGUGUCCUUCCAUGCAGAAAAGCGUAUCCUUCAUGACACAGGUUUCAGUAUUGAGCUAGACCGUGUAAAGAGUCUACCUUACUGUGAAACAGAAACAUUUGAAGUAAGAUUUGACCCACAAGGAGCAAAUCUUCCUAUGGGAAACAAAGAGGUCAUCCUGCCCAUCAAGGUGGUUGGAGGGCCAACAGUUCACAUCUGUCUCCGAGCCAACGUGACCAUUCCAGCUAUGACACUGUCUUGUAGAAAAGUGGACUUUGCCAUGAUUCAGUGUGGACAGUGCAUGGUGAAAACUAUUCAGCUUUUCAAUCAUCUCCAAGUCCCUUGUGAAUGGUUUAUCCAUACCCAAAAGCCUAUUAGUAAGCUGGAGAAACACAUGCCAAGGUAUUUAAGACGGAAACUACGUGCUGAAUUAAAGCCAAAGACUAGGAUCUUUGAGAUCCAGCCUACUUCUGGAGUCUUGGAUCCUGGUGAGAGGUCCAACGUGCAAGUGAAGUUCAUGCCAAAAGAAGAGAAAUUCUACAGCCAAACUCUGAUUUUCCAAAUUGGCCAGAGUAAUCAAAAGCUUUCACUGCUGGCACAUGGGCAAGGUCUGGAGCCACGCCUGGAAUUCAGUCCUUCAGUUCUGGAAUUGGGGCCCAUGCUGCCUUAUACCCCCGGAGAUGAGGCCGACGUGAUCGUGAAGAACCCCUGCAACUUUCCAAUUGAGUUUUACUCCUUAGAAUUUGACCAGCAAUAUAUCCUAGAGGAGAAGAUCUUGAGACAGCUAAAGGGCUAUGAUUCCUACAACACCCUGCUGCUACCUCCCCGCACCCCAGGAGAGAAGCUGCCCCCAGAAGUGUAUGAGUACUUUAAGGAGAUAAAGAAGUCAAAAGAAGAGCAGAUGAAGGCGAAAUAUCUGGAAAAUCUGGCACAGGAUAAUGAAGAGGAAGAUAUAGCUGCAUCAGAACAGGGAAACUCAGCUAGCACAAAGAGGACAUCACUCAGCCAAGGGAUCUCCCUCACGUCCAACCUGGAAGAGCGGCACAAUGUCGUGGAUUCCAAAACCUACCCAGAUGAAGAUGAGGAUGAGGAAAGCCUGGAAAAAAUAGUGUUUCAAACAGACAAGAUUCAGAGCCUUGACAGCCACUCUGCAGAGGAAGUAGGAGAGGUGGAAAACAACCCAGUGAGCAAGGCAAUAGCUCGCCAUCUGGGCAUUGACAUCUCUGCAGAAGGUCGCAUGGCCAAGAGCCAGAAAGGCAUUGCCAUUAUCAUCCAUGGGACACCCUUGUCGGGAAAGACAGCCAAUGCUGUCAGCAUAGCCAAGUACUACAGCGCAGCCUGCUUGAACAUUGACUCUGUUAUCCUGGAAGCUAUGUCCGAUGGCAACAACAGCCCCGGGAUGCGGGCCCGGGAGCUCUGCAUCAGGGCAGCCAUAGAACAGUCCAUGAGGGAGGCAGAAGACUUUGCCCAGGAAGGUUCUCUAAACCAAAAUGCCACAGGACAACAACCACCACGACUGAGCACUGAGAACUUAGGCAAGUUUAACUCAGAAAGCACUCUGGUAACCCCGGAACUUAAAUCUGGAAAAGCCGUGCGUGGAAGCCUGUUGCUCCCCAAAAGCAAGGCAGAUAGCCAUGGCUCUGGGUCACAGAAGCAGCAUCACCAGCACCAGUCUGAAACACCACAGAUUUCCUCCAGCCCUCUCCUCAUGGGGCCCACGCAGCGCCGGCUCAGUGUCAGUGCCAGUAUUGGAGGUGAUACAGGGCUGAUGAGCUGUGUGUUACCUGAUGAACUUCUUGUGCAGAUCCUGGCAGAGCGGAUACAGCUGAGUGACUGCUACCGAGGAGUGGUGUUUGAUAGCCUCGACACACUCUUCGCUCGGAAUGCACCUGCCGCCCUCCUCUGCCUGCUGAAGGCCAUCGGCAACAGGGAGCACAUAUAUGUUCUCAACAUGGCCCAGGAUUACAUGUUCAUGAAGGCCCAGGAGAAGGCCAAAAAGGAGCAAGAAGAGCACAAACGCAAGGAAGCUCUUCAGAAAGAGAAGGAGCGUCUCCAAAACAUGAAUGAAGAAGAAUAUGAUGCCUUGACAGAGGAGGAGAAAAUCGUGUUCGACCGGCAGGUGUGGCAGUUGCUCCGGGAGAGGAAGAAGAGGGAGCUGGAGAGGAUGGCCAAAGAGAUGCAAGAAAAGAAGCUACAGCAGGAACUUGAGCGACAAAAGGAAGAAGAUGAGCUGAGACGGAAAAUCAAAAAGCCUAAGCAGGGCCUCAUGAAGGAGGAAUCCCCCCUGAAGAAAUCACAAGCAACAAACAAGCAGAUACCUACUGCUACCAGACUAGAUAUGAAGAGUGAGUCAAUAGAAAGGAUUUCUGUCAGAGAUCAACCUACCUCUGAGAAGGAAGAUCCAAACAAGAAAAAGAAACCCAUUUCUGACACCAAUACGAUUGGGUUUCCUCCUGUUCAGGAACAAGAGGACAGUGAAGGGGACUUCCUGAAGGACACUGACAAGCAAUUGGCCCAAAAAUUUAAGGUCUAUGACUUGUGUUUGAAAGAAAUCCAGAACACCCUCGUGUACUGGGACCGGAAACAAGGAAUUCAGAUGCCUCACCCAGGGGUGGAGGAGGCAUCCCAUGAGCCAGAUGACCAGCGCCAGUUCCCCUCUGGUGGACGUCGGGGCCGUAAAGACCGAGAGAGAGAGCGCUUAGAGAAGGAGCGGGCAGAGAAGGAGCGACUGGAAAGGGAGAAGGCCGAGAGGGAGCGCCUAGAGAAGCUUCGGGCUUUGGAGGAGCGGAGCGACAUGGAAGGGGAUGGUGAAGAGGACCAUGAGGGAAAGAAGGAUCUGGGCGUGCCGUUCAUCGACAUUCAGACUCCUGACUUUGAAGGCUUGAGCUGGAAGCAGGCUCUGGAGAAUGACCAGCUUCCCAAAGGAGAGCAGAUCCUGGACAUCUUGGGCCUGGGGUCCUCUGGACCACCCAUCCUGCCUCCUGCCUUGUUCUCAAUCAUCUCAUACCCUGUGAAGCGGCUACCCUUGCCCCCCAUCGACAUCCUGAAGCACUUUGUGUUUGUGAGCCCACCAUCUGAUGACCUCACCCUGCCAGAUGAGAAAAAAGAAGUGGAAGCAGAAUCAGAGCCCUCGGUCAGCCCCAUCACCACCAAGGUUCAAGAGGAACAGACCACCUCAGCUAAGGCGAGCAGGAUGAAAUUGAAAGAAAAACCAGAACAAAGUCAUGAGACUCAGAAGGAAAAACGUCGCAUGGCCUUCAGGAAGGGCACUAGUGGGGGAACUGCGGGGACCAUUGCCCCCCUGUCAGACAUAGACCAGAACAACUUCAGUGGGCAGCACUCCCAGGAGAAGCUUGUCAGGCUGAAUCAAUUCCGAUGGAUCGUCCCAGCCAACGGAGAGGUGACCUUACGAGUACACUUUUCUUCUACGGAUCUCGGGAACUUUGACCAAACAUUUAACUUUGAGAUCCUCGGAACUCGCCGCCAGUACCAGCUGUUUUGUCGGGGUAUCUGCACUUACCCCUACAUUUGCCAAGACCCAAAAGUGGUAUUCCCUGAUCGGAAGAAGGACAUGAAGCCAAAUGAAGUCAUCUUUAAGAAGUAUAUUAUGAGCACCAACAGGUUUUACUUUGGGCCACUGCUUUGUGGAAAAUCGAGAGAUAAGUAUAAGUCAUGCUUGUUCCCAGGCAACAUGGAGACACUGACAAUCCUGAACAACUCCCCAAUGGUGGUGGAGGCAUACUUCUGUUUUCAGAAUGAUACCAAAGCAAACACCUACUUUCUGGAGCCUGUCAACAUGAUUCUGAAACCCAAUGAGAAGCAGUCGCUAAGCGUAUGGGCUUACCCUACUGCAGUUGGUGUCUUUGAAGACAACAUUGUCUGCUGCAUCAAGGAGAACCCAGAGCCAGCCAUCUUCCAAUUAAGCUGCCAAGGGAUCCGCCCAGAGCUAGAGCUGGAACCCAGGCAGUUACACUUUGAUCGGCUCUUGCUGCACAGAAAAGAUUCCAAGGUAGUUCUUCUCCGCAAUGUCACACUCCUGCCUGUGGCCUGGCGGAUCACCAGCCUAGAGCACCUCGGCGAUGACUUCACCACGUCCAUGAUGCAGGGGACCAUCCCACCCAAGGCAGAGUAUGGCCUGCACGUGUACUUCCAGCCCUCCAAACCUGUCAACAUCAAGAAGGCUAUUCGGUUAGAGGUUUUAGAUGCAGACAACCUUGUCGGUGUCGUUCAGAUUGAAAACAUCUUGAUCUUUGCAGAAGCAUACGACAUUGCCUUGGACAUUACCUUCCCUAAAGGAGCUGAAGGAGGCCUUGACUUCGGGACUUUGAAAGUCAUGGAGGAGAUGAAGCAGCCCCUUCAACUGAAGAACCGUGGGAAAUACGAGAUCUUGUUCAGUUUUUCUGUGGACUCCUUAGGAAUUUUGACAACCAAUAUAAAUUCCAUGAUCUCAGUCCAACCCAAAAAGGGCUCACUGGCUGCCUCAGAAAAGCCCAUAACUGUCCAGGUUUUCUUUCGUGCAAAAAGGGAAGUGAAAAUUGAGCACGAACCUGUUCUGCGCUGUCAGAUUAUAGAGCCCAGGCUUGCAGAAGGAGGUGAUAUCAUUGCCAGCAUCCCAAUUAAGUUUUCUGUGAAUGCAGUAUACUCCAAAUUCAACAUCAGCCCUUCUUCCAUCAUCAACUUUGGGGCUUUGAUCUGCGGCACUCGUAAGAGCACCACCUUCACCAUAGAAAACCAAGGCAUUACUGACUUCAAGUACUCCAUCUACAGGCUGACAGGGGAGAGUACCAUGCAUCAAAAGAAAGGAACUACCCACGCUAGACAUGGGAGAACUCGGGAAAGUGAAAGCUUCUACAAAUCUGGUGCUGCUAAAGCAGCCAAAUUCUCGGACACAACCCAGAAAGAACUAAGCAUCACAAACCAGGCCCGCUUCUCCCAUGGCAUGUUCACUGUGUACCCUGGGUUUGGAUCCAUCCCUUCUGGAGGACAGCAAGUCAUCACCGUUGACUGUGUGGCUGACCCAGUGGGAAGGUGUGAAGAGCUUUUAGCCAUUGAUAUCUCUGACCGAGAUCCUAAAGAACAUCCUGCCGGAAUUCCUUACACCCUGCUGGCCGAAGCAUGUCUACCAGCCUUUGUGAUUGACAACAAUGUCUUGAUAUUUGAAGAGCACCAGAUCUGUACCAGCCUCAACCUGUACCAUGUCCUGCCAACCAUAGAGAGUGGGGGGCUGUUUGUGGAGGACGAUAACAAGUUCAUCUUCUGCAAUGUCCUGGUGGGCCAUCAGGCCAAGGCUCGGUUCAAGAUCAGCAAUAUGGGAAAGAUUGCCUGUGAUGUCAACCUUGUAGUUAAGCCCAUCUCCAAUAAGGCUAUUGCCCGCAUCACUGACAUCUUUGACGUGGAACCCAACAAGAUGUGCAUUGCCAGUCGCUCACACGCCUUUGCUACAGUGUUCUUCACCCCACAGACCAUGCAGACCUACCAGUGUGUCUUUGAGGCCACCUUGGAUGGCUUGCCCAGCAACCUAGCCAGGAGCCGAGGCCUUGUGUUUGAUAUCUUUGGUGAGGGGACCCUCCCUCGAGUGACUGUCGUGCGGCCAACUCUCUACAACCAAUUUGGAAACCCCUUGCUCCUCUUCAAGAGGCUUCUGCUUGGUCAUUCAGAGAAACUGCCUCUCAUCCUCAAGAACAAUGGCACCAUCCCUGCCCAGUUGCAUGUGGACCUGAGGGACCAACCAGGAGUCUUCUCCCUGGAAGGGAGGCCCACAACCUCCUAUAUCUACAUCACAGAGGAAACUAAACCAAAUGAGAAAGGUGAGUUUGGGCCCACAGCCUCCCUGGUUGUUACUCCUGGAGACAUAGCUGAAUUUGACGUCUUUUUUCACCCCCAGAAGGUUGGGAGGAUGACAGGCAUCAUCCACUUGUCAGUGAUCAACAACCAGUAUGAGGAGACCAUCAUCCACUUAGUGGGAGAAGGCUACAAGGACGACAUCACCUUGGACAACAUCCAUGGGCUGGCAGUUUCCACCAGCCAGGAGGCCUCAGAUAUCUCAGAGGUCAUAGAGAUUGCUGAGGAAAAUGCUGUGGAAAACUUGGUGGCAGCUGCUCUGGUGGACCACAUCCAGUUUGGGUACUGCCACAUUGGAAAGACCUAUAAUGUCAGUUUCACAAUCACUAAUCACAGCAAAACAAAUGUGGUGCGGUUUGAAUGGCCCCUUUUAGCUACAAUUUCUUUCUCCCCACAGGUGGGCCACCUCCACCCUGGCUGUGCCAAGGACAUAGUGGCAACUGUGAAGUCAGACAUGCCCAUCAACCUGAAAAAGAUUGGGGUCAAGUGCAAACUCUCCAGGAUCAUGCUCCAACUCCCUGUAGACCAGGUCCCUGACUGGGAUGACCGCAUGCGCACAGUCAAGUGGGUAGAUGCACCUAGAACUACACCUGGGACUUUGACUACAAAAAGAAAGGUGACAGAGACAGAUCCUGAACCUGCCCAUUCGGUCCUAGAAGAAAACUACCAAGACCUUCGGCUUCAGAUCAGUGCCAAUGUGGAUUACGCUUCGUACCAGUGCCAAACACGUGAUGUGUGCUUUAAGGAAACACUGGUUUACCAGACCCGAGUGUUUGAGCUUGACCUGGUUAAUUCAGGUCAUGUGCAGCUAGAAUUCAACUGGAUCACAGAAGAUACCUCAAAGUCAGUCAGCUUUGCCAUGCCAGAAAACCAAGGUUCUACUGUAAAAGAUCAGCUUAGUCAGGGCACGGGCAGCACCUUGGACAGCGGCAUGGACCACUGGAGUGAAGGUUCCCCAUUGCCAUUUUCUGUGGAGCCCUCCUCAGGCAUCGUGCCUGUGGGGAAGACUCAGAAGCUCAAAGUGAAAUUCUCCCCACUGGACAUUGGAGACUUCGAGUGCAAUCUUUUAUGCCAGAUUCCUAACCUGCCACCUGGACAGCAAUGUCCAGUCCUGGUAGCAAAAGGCCGGAGCAUCUUGCCCUUCUGCCAUUUUGACCUGAAAGAAUCAGACUACAUCAGUGGUCAUCGGCGUAACCCAGAACUCCAAGGGUCUGGCAUAGGGCCUCUGGAUUCAAACACCCGGGUGAUUGAGUUCAUCAGUGUGGGCAUAGGAGGAAAGAAUCUCCGGACCUUUACAAUCCUGAACCCAACCAGUAGCACCUACUCCUUCUGCUGGAUCUCUGAAGAAACUGAAAGUCUCCAGAACCCUCCAGUCUUCUCAUGCCUUACAGAAAAAGGCUUCAUCCAUCCUGAAAAGAAAGCUGAAAUUGUGUUCCAGUUCACACCUUCCCACCUGGAUAUUACAGAAGCAUUAUGGACUUUCUUGAUCCCCGAACACAAUAUCUCAGUCCCCUUCUUACUGGUGGGAAAAACCACUGACCCUCUCGUCUCUCUGGACAAGUCACACCUCAACUUCAGUUCUCUCCUCAUUGGCAGAGAAGCCCGAGAAACUGUGCAGAUGAUCAACAAAGAGGAACAGGCGUUCAGUUUUGCCUUCCAGGACAACUCCCGAUAUUCUGAAGGGUUCAGCAACAAUCUGGUCGUAUGUCCCAUGGAAGGCUGGAUCCCACCACUCUCCAGGAUACCAAUUGAUAUUUUCUUCACACCAAAGCAUGAAGGAGAUGUGAAUUUUAAUUUGAUCUGCAAUGUGAAAAAGAAAGUCCACCCUCUGACAUUAAAUGUCAAGGCCGAAGGCUACACUAUGAAUGCAGAAAUCAAAUGCAAGGACAGGACUGGCUCUGUCACUCUCUUAAUGCCCAACCAAACCAACAUCAUCAACUUCUAUGAGGUGGAGUUAAAUGAAUUUGUCCAGUGCGAAUUUAACUUAAUCAAUACUGGAAAGUUCAACUUCAGCUUCCAGGCAGAGCUUUCUGGGUCCAAAGCCCUGUUGCAGUACUUGGAAUUUUCACCCAUAGAUGGUACUGUGGAUUCAGGGCAGAGCGAGCAUGCUAACCUGUCUUUCCAGCCAUUUCAGAAAUGUGUCUUGAAGGGCCUGGAACUCAAAAUCAAGAUCAGCCAUGGCCCAACAUUCAUAUGCAACAUCUCAGGCUGUGCUGUGAGCCCAGCUGUCCAUUUCUCCUUCACCAGCUUCAACUUUGGGACUUGCUUCAUCUACCAAGCUGGGAUGCCCCCAUACAAACAGACCCUGGUCAUCACCAACAAGGAAGAAACAUCUAUGAGCAUUGACUGUUUGUACACCAACACUACCCAUCUCGAGGUGAACGUCCAUGUGGAUGUGGUAAAGCCAGGAAAAACACUGGAGAUUCCAAUCAUCUUCUAUCCCAGAGAAAGUAUCAAUUACCGAGAACUAAUCCCCUUUGAAAUCAAUGGGCUCUCUCAACAAAUAGUUGAGAUCAAAGGGAAAGGUACAGAAAUGAAGAUUUUAGUCCUAGAUCCAGCCAAUAGGAUUGUGAAGUUAGGAGCUGUCCUGCCUGGACAAGUUGUAAAGAAAACGGUUUCUGUCAUGAACAACAGCCUUGCCCCACUCAUAUUUAAUCAGUCAGUCCUGUUCUCCACUCCAGAACUCCAGGAUCCCAAGGUCAUCACCUUGGUGCCUUUCCACAGCAUCACCCUGAAGCCCAAAGAAGUCUGUAAACUGGAGGUCAUCUUUGCCCCCAAGAAGCGUGUCCCUCCCUUCUCUGAGGAGGUAUUCAUGGAGUGUAUGGGGCUUCUGCACCCUCUCUUCCUCCUCAGUGGUUGCUGCCAGGCCCUGGAGAUCUCCCUGGACCAGGAGCAUCUUCCCUUUGGACCAGUCGUAUAUCAGACGCAAGCCACACGCCGCAUUCUCAUGUUCAACACAGGCGACGUGGGUGCAAGGUUUAAAUGGGAUGUCAGAAAAUUUAAACCUCAUUUUUCCAUCAGCCCAGAGGAAGGCUAUAUCACUGCAGGCAUGGAGGUUUCUUUUGAAGUGACCUACCGUCCCUCCGAGGUAGGAAAAGAGAGUCUCUAUAAAAACCUGCACUGCUAUAUCCAGGGAGCCAGUCCUCUGUGCCUCACCCUAUCUGGAGUCUGUGUUGGACCACCUGCAAUAAAAGAGGUGGUAAAUUUCACCUGCCAAGUGCGCUCCAAGCACACGCAAACCAUCCUGCUGUCAAACCGCACCAACCAGACCUGGAAUCUGCACCCCAUUUUUGAAGGCGAGCACUGGGAGGGGCCUGAGUUCAUCACCCUGGAAGCCCACCAGCAAAACAAGCCCUAUGAGAUCACCUACAGGCCCCGUACCAUAAACGUGGAGAACCGUAAGCACCAGGGCACACUCUUUUUCCCCCUCCCUGAUGGGACUGGCUGGCUAUAUGCUCUGCAUGGGACUGCUGAACUCCCCAAAGCCGUAUCCAACAUCUACCGUGAAGUGCCAUGUAAGACACCCUACACAGAGCUCCUGCCAGUCACCAACUGGCUGAACAAGACCCAGAGAUUCCGGGUCAUUGUGGAAAUGGUGAAACCAGAGAAGGCAGACCCAAGCAUCACCAUGAAGGGCCUUGAUUACAUUGAUGUACUGUCUGCCUCCAAGAGAGACUACAAGCUGAACUUCUUUUCCUACAAGGAGGGACUGUACUCUGCGAAGGUGAUCUUCCGGAAUGAAGUGACCAGUGAAUUCUUGUUCUACAUGGUGAGUUUUAGAGUCACCCCUUCAGGCAUUAUCAAGACCAUUGAGAUGACGAGCCCCAUCCGCCAGAGCACAUCAGCCUCCAUCAAGGUGGAGAACCCCUUGCCCUACUCAGUGACCUUCUCCACGGAAUGCAGGGUGUCUGACAUCAGCCUGCCUUCGCAGUUUGCUGUCCCUGCCAACUCUGAGGGUACAUUCUCAUUUGAAUUCCAGCCUCUGAAAGCUGGAGAAACCUUUGGGAGACUCACUUUGCACAACAGUGAUUUAGGUUAUUACCAGUAUGAGCUCAACUUGAAGGCCCUGCUAGCACUUCCUGAGAAGCCUGUCCGCUUCCAAACCGUUCUUGGCAGCAGCCAAAGCAUCUUUGCAAAAUUCACCAAUUACACACGGCAGAAGACAGAGUACUACUGCAAGACAGACUCUCCGGACUUUCAUACAGAAAGAGUCAUUAGUGCAGUCCCAGGAGCCCAGGGAGGCACAGAAGUCAGCGUAGAAGUCUUCUUUGAGCCCAGCCACCUGGGUGAGACCAAGGGCAUCCUGAUCCUGUCAUCAGUUAUAGGUGGGGAAUAUAUCAUCCCCCUCUUUGGAAUGGCUCUUCCUCCCAAGCCUCAAGGCCCCUUCCUGAUUCGAGCUGGGUACAACAUGAUCAUCCCCUUCAAGAAUGUCUUCUUGCAUACGGUGAACUUCUCCUACAUUGUAGAGAACCCAGCCUUCACUGUCCGUGCUGUAGACUCUGUACGGUCCAAGAAGAUCAACAACAUCGCAGUCUACUUUGAGGGAAACCCAUCGGGCAGCAAAACCCCCAUCACCACCAAGCUGAUCGUGACCUGUCCUCAAGGGGAAGGCAAUGAAACUGGAAUUAAAUGGGUUUAUUAUCUGAAGGGGAUAACCCCUUAGUGAUAACCAGAGUUACCUUCGUCAACCAAAAGCUAACUCCUCAGCCUAAGAUCCAUACAUUGCCCUAGACUGACAAAGACUAGAAAAGAAAACAGGAAAUCUAAAGGGGCAGUUUUAUCCUCAUUUAAUUUUAGGGGCAGUCAUUUCUAUAUUUCAUGCUUUCCAAAUGCAAAUAUGAAAUAUACUCCAUAUUAAACAU